UCUGCCACACAACCCUUUCUGUACUGUAAAAUCUUUUGCUCCUCAAUGUAAUUGUUUAUGUAUUUUCGUCAUGGGUAAUGCUGUUUCGCUUUUGAGUUGAGUUUUGUAUUAUGCAGUGGCAAGGAGCAGUGUCCCUUUCUUGGAACCGGACGGUUUGGAUUCAUUACCGUCGUUCUUGUGACGGUUUGGCACAAUGGACGGAUUGAGUGGGAGCGCGUCGUCGCCUGACCCCGGGAGCUCGUGGAUUCGUCCAGGGAUCCAACUGGCACAACAGGGGAUCUUCCCCGGUCUACCUCGCGCCAACUGCACCUGUCCGUCCUCUUCUCGUAACAUCCCCACGCACCAUGAGACCUGGACACGGCUGUAAGUGUUCCUUGACCGUUACACCCACUGCUUGCUCACCAGAACGCCUCGCGAUGGACCCUGUACGCCGGACGCACACGAGAAGACAGCUCCGGUCUCGAGAAUUCUGCCUAAAUAAAUCCCAUCCAUCCUACAGUCUUCACGAGAUCCUGCCCUGCCAUCGGUUCACCCGAGGAGGCCAUUGGCGGAGAGGCGUCACGUGACCAAGGGUGCCAAUGUUAUUCUACAAGGGUGUCAAGACCCUGUCAGUUUCUGAAAUAAAUAUUGGGAAACGGCGAGAUGCAAAAGGCAACCUACUACGACAGCUCCGCAAUUUACAGUGGCUACCCGUAUCAAAGCGCAAAUGGCUUCAGUUAUGACGCCAAUCAGGUCCAAUAUCCCCGGGCCUCUCAUGUGGAAAGUGAGUACCAUCGACCCGCCUGCUCCCUGCAGUCCCCAGACGGCUCGGUCGCACUGCAGAAGCCGGGGGAGAUAGCAGAGAGCUGUGAUAGGAGUACGGCCAUCCAGGCGGCGCAGCCACCCGUCCUCACCGACAGCAAUCAACCACAGGUGUCGGUGUCUGUCCCGCCACCCCCUCUCCAGUCACAGUCCCCCGGUUCUCUCAACCAGAACAAGAGCAACGGCUCCAGUCAAGCCGACUCAAAUGGCCCCGUACACGGCUCACCGACCUCCACCACCCGGAAACACAUCUUCCCAUGGAUGAAAGAGUCCCGUCAGAACCAGAAGCCUAAAACCAGUAGCUCCAGCUCAGUUGAGAGUUGCCAAGGAGACAAGAGCCCCACGGGCGGGUCAGCCGCGUCGAAGAGAGCCCGGACGGCUUAUACCAGCGCACAGCUGGUGGAACUGGAGAAGGAGUUCCACUUCAACCGUUACCUCUGCAGACCCCGCAGGGUCGAGAUGGCCAACCUGCUCAACCUCACGGAGCGGCAGAUUAAGAUCUGGUUCCAGAACCGCAGGAUGAAGUACAAAAAGGAUCAGAAAGGGUGCGGCAUGAUGCCCUCUCCCGGGGGACAGUCCCCUCGGAGUCCCCUCGGUCCAUCUCCCAGUAGUGGGGGUGGAGGAUACCUCAACUCUAUGCAUUCUCUGGUUAACAGUGUCCCCUAUGCGUCCCAGUCGCCAACGUCUUACAAUAAGCCCGCUCAUAAUGCAUACGGUAUGCCCACGUCAUAUCCCCCUCCCUUGAACAGCUCCCUAAACAACUGCCCGCCCUCUCAGAAGAGAUAUCCCGGGACUGGCGGCUCGCCCACGCCCGAGUAUGACGCGCAUCCUCUCCAAGGCAAUGGGGGCUAUGGGGCGCACUUGCAGCAGGGCAGCCCUGUGUAUGUUAGCGGAGGCUACGUCGAUUCGAUGCCCAACAACGGGUCCUCCAUUUUCGGCCUGACCCAUCUCUCGCACCCGCCGUCCACACACAUGGACUACAAUGGAGCAAUCACUAUGGGCAAUAGUCACCAUCACGGACUGUGUGAUCCGAACCCGACGUACACAGACCUUACGCCGCACUACUCUCAGGGAAGAAUUCAGGAAGCGCCCAAACUUACGCAUCUGUAGCCGGGAUGCACCCCGGAUCACUCCGCCCCAUUGUCCUAUACCUCCAGACCUACCAUCGCUUUGUUCCUUCUCUUCUUCAGUAGCUUCUUCCACCUUUUCUUUGCUUUACGUUAUGUUUUUUAUAUAGUUGAAUGUGUGAAGUAGGAUAGGAAAGUAAUCACUUUGCUUAAAAUAUUCUGUCUAUUUGCUAUGGUGUCAUUGUUCCACGCAGACAUAUUAUCUGAUAUGACAAGCGCGGGGGCACAAAUGCAUAGACCUAUUUAAUCUUUAACUUGUUUCUAAAAACAAAAAUCAAACAGGGUAUAUGAACAAAUAUUAUGGUAUUCUUUUUAAUGUGAUUUUUUGUUAUUUAUCCACAGUUGAAUAUAUGUUUUUAUGUUAUUGUUUUGCAUUUUGUUGCACUUGUGGAAGGAUCCUUAUAGGAAUCAUGUGCAGGGUUUUUUGAGACACACACACAAAGGAAGGUCUGGAAGCUCCAGCCUAUGACCUACCCAAAUUGUGUUUUGUUGGACUUUCAACAUUUUAUUUAUUUUUGUUCUGACGUAAUAUGGAGUUCUUUAGUAUUAUUUAACCACCCCGUGCUCUUUGUAUGUGGGGAGAAGGUUAUUGGAAACAGACCUCGGCUCCAGUUCUACCCUUUACCUGACGGCAGACAGACGACGGACAGACCACAGACAGACACGACUCUCAGCAGCACAUAAUAUGUUGGUGUUAUUUUUCUUCGAGGAGGUCUUUUUUUUCUCUACGAAUGUAAAUCACGCAAUCAUGCAAUAAGGUUGGAAGGAAGGACAGACAUUAGAAUUUUUUUUAUUGAAAAAAAAAAUAUUUGAGAUAUUACCAAGUUUCUGUUUCAAUGUCAUACAUUCCAUCCUGCUGCAGUUCGGAUAAAUAAAUGAUUUUCAAUAUAAAUGUAUCUUUCAACCUUCAUUUCGAGGGAAUUUGAACGUAGAACACAAUGGCACAAACUACAAUAAGGAAGGAAUAAUAAUAAUAAUAAUAGUAAUAAUAGUAAUAAUAAACACCUUAAUAUCCCAUAAAAAGCCUAAUUUGUGAGGUAGAAAAAAAACUGGUAGGACUUUAGAGGCUAUGCUAUUUCAUAAAAACAAAUGUAUCCCCAUUAUCUCAUA